AUGUCAGGGUUCACUCUUCCUGACUUGAGAUUUGAAGAAUCUUUCUUGAAGACAUUAUACUCAUAUGCGGGGUACCAAAAUCCUGCUGUCGAGGAUCCUAUUUCCCCAGCGCUAACGGAAAAAGAAUUAAAUUUACUUAGCACCAAUGUUGACAAACAAGAACAACAAAUACUAGAAAGCCCAAGUGGACCAAGCGGCCUACGUCCAAUAGGCCCAAUUUCUCCUUCUAUCAUUGCAUACGCUGUGUUUAAAGAUCAAAUCCUUAUGCCGCUCAUUCAAGGGUUCUUGUGGACUGGGUUUUUGAUCAGCGUCCGCCCAUUUUUGGGAAUAAUCGUGCAACAGGGGCAGAGAUGUGGGUUAUGGCUCGCGAAUACUUUGGGAUUGAAUAGAAUCAGACUGUCCCCAAAUCCAUAUGUAUAUAAAACGACUAUAUAG